UGAGAGGGGAGGGAGCACAGAGGAGCAGGUUUCGGCUUACAGCGCAUACCACACUAACAACACCGAAAUACACUAAAAAUACAGGCUAACUGGCCGUUUGGAAGUAUACAGGACUACACCGUCAACUGAAGCCAACUUGGGAUCUUGUCGGAGGACACUACCGGCCGCAGAUUGUGGAUUGUAACCAGGAGUUUUUUGCCUUGUAAUGUGGGAAUGCUUUCUCCUCUUUUCCGUGGUAUGUGGAUCUGGGAGCGACCAUGUUAUUAGGCAGGUGAUAAAAGGAGAAGCCGGCUGUUCUAUCCCAGCUUAAAGAAGACCCAGGAUAGAAACUGAGAGAGAUACAUUGAGUUGGACGGGGAUUCGCCACUACCAAGGGAAAAUCAGGAUGACUGUGCCUCUGUACCACUGACAAGCUGAACUGGAAUGAUAUCUUGACCUUUUUUCCUGGAAGUGACCAAGUUAGCGAUGAGCGGGGGGAUAUAAUGGCCAAGAACAAGGAUGCGCGCCCCCCGACAUUCGCCGUCAGUGUGGUUGGCCUCUCGGGGACAGAGAAAGAGAAGGGAAAUUGUGGCGUUGGCAAGUCCUGCCUAUGCAACAGAUAUGUUCGUCCUAAUGCGGACAGCUACUACUCGGAGCACACCUCAGUGCUGAGCACAAUAGACUUUGGGGGACGUGUGGUUAACAAUGACCACUUCCUGUACUGGGGGGAGGUGUCCCAUCGAGGGGACGAUGGGUUGGACUGUAAAAUACAAAUCAUUGAACAAACAGAGUUCAUUGAUGACCAGACGUUUCUUCCGCAUCGGAGUACGAACCUGCAGCCGUAUACCAAACGGGCGGCAGCAACCAAGCUCCAGUCUGCAGAGAAGCUUAUGUACAUCUGUACGGACCAGCUGGGCUUGGAGCAGGACUUUGACCAGAAGCAGAUGCCGGAUGGAAAGCUGAACAUCGACGGCUUUGUGCUCUGUAUCGAUGUUAGCAAGGGAUGCAACAGGAAGUUUGAUGACCAAAUGAAGUUUGUCAACAGCCUCUACUCCCAAAUCGUCAAGUCAAAGAAGCCCAUUGUCGUUGCUGCCACAAAAUGUGAUGAGUGUGUGGACCAGCAUCUGAGGGACCUGCAGGCCUUUGUUGCUAGCAAGAAGAACCUGCUGCUAAUUGAGACAUCAGCACGCUCCAAUGUCAACACAGAGGUCUGCUUCAACACACUCAUCCAGCAGCUGGAUAAAGCAAGGGGGAAGCCAAAAACUGUGCCAUACCUUGAGGCCUAUAAAGUCCAACGGCAGCAUGUUGCUGCAGUAACAGAUAGAUUUGAGAAAUUGAUGGUGCACACGGUUAGAGAUUACCACACCACGUGGAAAACAGUGAUCAAUAAUAUGAAGGGCCAGCCUGACUAUGACGAGUUCAUCACCUUGGAGGGCUCCAGGAAAGCACGCAACAUGUUCACAAAGCACAUUGCACAACUGAAGCAAGAGCACAUCAAGAGGAGGAGGGAAGAGUACCUGACAACAUUACCGAAAACCCUUAAUAACCUCCUAAAUAACCUGGAGGAAGUUGAACACCUCUCAUGGCCUGAGGCGCAGAGUGUGAUCCGCAACCGGCCUGAUUUCCAGUACUGGUUUGUGGUUCUGGAACAAACCCCAUGGGAUGAGACGGACCACAUCGACAUCAGUGACCGCAGGAUACCCUUUGACCUCCUCGACACACCUGACGGUGAGAGAAUUUACCACAACCACGUCCAGCACUUGUUAUCUGAGAAGAGAAGGGUGGAGAUGAAAGACAGGUUCAAGAAGACGCUAGAGAGGGUUCAUUUUAUCAGUGCAGGACAGCCUUGGGAGGAAGUCAUGUGCUUUGUCAUGGAGGAUGAGGCCUACAAGUACAUCACAGAAUCAGAUAGAAGGGAUGUUUAUUGUAGACACCAGCAGGAAAUAGUUGAAAGGGCCAAAGAGGAUUUUCAGGAAAUGCUUUUUGAGCAUGCUGAGCUAUUCUAUGACCUGGAUCUGAAUGCCACCCCCAGCUGCGACAAGAUGAGCGAAAUUCACAGUGUGCUGAAUGAGGAGCCCAGAUACAGAGCACUGCAGAAACUUGCCCCAGAUAGAGAGUCCCUCCUCCUCAAACACAUUGGGUUUGUUUACCAUCCCACCAAGGAGACAUGCCUGAGUGGGCAGAACUGUGUGGAUCUGAAAGUGGAACAGGUUUUAGCAAACAGGCUGGUGCAGCUUGACCACGGACGCUCUAAUCUCUACUAUAACAGUGCCAACAUCGAUAAGAUCAACCUCUGCCUCCUGGGAAGGGAGGGUCUCUCACAGGAACUAGCCAAUGAGAUCCGAGCUCAGUCCACAGAUGAUGAGUACACCCUGGAUGGUAAAAUUUAUGAACUGGAGCUGCUUCCGGUGGAUGUCAACUCCACACUGCUCUUCAGCCACACGUGGGUCACCACCUUCAAGCCACAUGGCUGCUUUUGUGUAUUCAACUCCAUAGAGUCUCUUAACUGUAUUGGAGAUUGCAUAGGCAGGAUCAGAGCGGAGAUAGCACAGAGCAGGAGAGAUAGGUUUGCUCAGCCACUACCAUUCAUUCUAAUCCUGGCUAAUCAGAGGGACAGUGUUUGCAAAAACAUACCUAUCCUGAGGCACCAGGGCCAACAGCUGGCAAACAAGUUGCAGUGUACCUUUGUCGACAUCCCCUCCGGGGCCUUUCCACGUAAAUUCACAGAGUUCCAAAUUAAGCAAGGUCUCCGAGCAGUGCUGGAGGGGCUAAAGCAUAACUUUGAUGUCUUGGCCCCACUGCCCUCUAUCAAAGACAUGUCAGAGACAGACCUUAGGAUAGUCAUGUGCGCCAUGUGCUGGGAUCCUUUCAGCGUUGACCUCAUCCUCUCGCCUUUCCUCGACUCACACUGCUGUAGCGCAGGGCAGCCAGGCCAGAGCAACACACUGAUCCUAGACAAGAUCAUCGGGGACAGCAGGAGGAGGAUCCAGGUCACUGUCCUGUCCUACCACACUGCUAUUGGUGUCCGCAAAGAUGAGCUGGUGCACGGCUACAUUUUGGUAUACUCUGCUAAACGCAAGGCUUCUAUGGCGACCCUGCGGGCGUUCUUGGCUGAAGUCCAGGAUGUGAUCCCCGUCCAGAUGGUGGCGAUUACAGAUAGCCAGGCAGACUUCUUUGAGAAUGAUGCCAUCAAGGAGCUGAUGACGGAGGGAGAGCACAUUGCCACAGAGAUCGCUGCCAAGUUCACUGCACUCUACUCACUGUCACAGUAUCAUCGACAGACAGAAGUUUUUACACCCUUUUUCAAUGAAGUGCUGGAGAAAAAGCCUAACAUUGAGAGUUCCUUCCUGUUUGACAGCUCAUCACGGGAGUGCACCACUGGCGCCAGUGAGGACGUCUUCCCCACCUCACCCCACAGCCAUUCCCCGGCGUAUAACACUUAUUACCCAGAAUCGGAUGAUGAUAAUGAGGCUCCCCCACCUUACAGUCCAAUAGGUGAUGAUGUUCAGCUUCUCCCCACACCCAGCGAGCGGGCCAAGUACCGCAUCGACCUAGAGGGCAAUGAGUACCCAGUCCAUAGCACACCUGUUGGAGACCAUGAACGCAAUCACAAAGUGCCUCCACCUGUCCGGCCCAAACCAGUGCUCCCCAAACCAAAUGUCAAAAAGCUGGACCCCAACCUGCUCAAAACUAUUGAGGCUGGCAUGCGAAGCAACCGUAGGAUGCCACGUGGCCCAAUGACGCACAGUGAGGAUGUGGAGGCGUCAGAAAACUAUGCAGACCCUGUGGACACCUUGCUAAGGUCCAGGGGUUUCCACAAUGAUGACAUAUAUGCUGUGCCCGAUGACACACAUAGCCGUCUAGUCAAAAUAAGAAAUUCCUUCGGUGGGUUGCAUGGCCUCCACGGAGGAGGAGAAGAGGAGAAUGGGUUUGACAGAAAGUCUCAGGCUGGACGGCGGCCGUCAAAAUACAAACAUCGUUCUAAAAUCCUGUUCAGCAAGACAAAGGCCUACCAAAGACGAUUCCACUCUGACAGCGACGGGGAGGAGUCGGGCCCUGCUACGCAGAAAAAGAAAAAGGGAAGAGCCCACCGGGGCAGCGAGGAGGACCCGCUGCUCUCCCCUGCUGACCCCUGGAAGGGUGGCAUAGAUAACCCUGCCAUCACCUCCGACCCUGAACAGGAGGACAAGAAGAUGAAGAAGAAGAAGACGCCCAAGACACCAAAGGAGCCGAAGAAGCCAAGAUCUACAAAGCCCCCCAAGCCUCUGUACCCCCCCACCCGGAGAACCUGGGAGAGCAACUACUUUGGCGUUCCCCUGCAGAACUUGGUGACCCCGGACCGACCCAUCCCACUCUUCAUCGACAAAUGUGUCGACUACAUCGAGCGCACAGGUCUGACGACAGAGGGUCUGUAUCGCGUCAGUGGGAACAAGACGGACCAGGACAACAUCCAGAAACAGUUUGAUCAAGAUCACAGUAUCGACUUCAUGGCGAUGGAUGUGGCGGUGAACGCUGCAGCUGGAGCACUGAAGGCUUUCUUCGCCGACCUGCCCGACCCGCUGAUCCCCUACUCCCUGCACCCGGAGCUGGUGGAGGCUGCAAAAAUCGUGGACCACAUGGAGCGUCUGCAGGUGUUGCGGGAGAUCGUGAAGAAGUUUCCCUCUGUCAACUACCAGGUCUUCAAAUACAUCAUCACACACCUCAACAGGGUGAGCCAGCACAGCAAGACCACCCUGAUGACGGCCGACAACCUGUCCAUCUGCUUCUGGCCCACGCUGAUGCGGCCCGACUUCGAGAACAAAGACACGCUGUCCACCACCAAGCUGAACCAAGCCGUCAUCGAGUCCUUCAUCCUGCAGAGCGACUACUUCUUCCACGGCGGCGAGGUGGCCGAGAGCUCCAGCAGCGAGGGCACGCCGCCGCCACACUGCCACAACAUGGUGGAGGCUCUGCUCCCUCUGCAACUGCCUCCACCCUUGCAGCCACAGCAGAUCCAGCACACCCUGCACCCCGACCCGCUCAUCUAAACAGCCACCGGAGCAUGCUGGGACAUAAAGUCUGGGGGUUGUUUGUGUGCAGCUGCCAGCCGCUUUGGGCCAUCAAAUCGCCUGGAGGUCGUCUUCUGCUCUACAAAACGCUGCUCGGCUGUUAGAAUAAAAAAUAAAAUGAACCCGGUUGGUGCAGCUGCUGUUUGUCAUCGACUUUGAGGUAAAUGAGCUUCGGGGGUUUUAGAGACACAUCGACCGUUUGUUGGAUUAAACCUAAUCUGUGAGAUCGGCUCAUCCUGUGAGGUAAAUCCUGGAUUAGAGAAUUACAAUCGAACGUCACCUUUUUUGGAACUAAUUUUUGGAUCUGACUGCCCCUUUUAUGAUACGGAGACUGAAAACAGUUGAUGAUUGAACUGAUUUGAUUUGGCACAUAGUGACAACACUAAUCGUUUAGCAGGGUCUGACUACUUGGACUUAGGGGCAGACAAAAGAUUUACCCUCCUCCUACUUUACCCUGAUGAAAUAGCACACUGGGGUCCUGAGCAGGUCCCCCUUAAACCCUGUCCCCCUUCUCCUGAUCCAAGACAACAGAAAAGGGAAUUUAAAACUUAGAGAGUCCCCACGACUGCAAAUACAACACCUGAUUUAUGAGAUAUUUGACUGACAUUUCGGCACAGGAAAACAUUUCUUCUUCUUCUUUUGUCGCCCUUUGACCCAAAGUCGGUCGGUAAGAGGAGGCGAGGGGACGUAACCUCAUGCAAGAACUUUUCCCUCCGACGCCACACUGCAAGCAAACGGUGGAAUAAAUUGUGGAUUAUUUUUAGUCUUGGGGAGUCUGGUUUUAAAAGACAAAAUGAAAUGAUCCCUUCCCCGCCACGUGAACUUUGACCCCCUUAAAGGACAGCACAUGCACGGUUUGCGUCAAAGGUCCCACACGCCAAUUUCAUGUCUGUUUGCGUCGUUUUUAUCAUUUGAACUCUUUAUUUCUUCUUUCUUUUUUUUUAAAGUAUGUUUUUGUAGCGUCUGAUUUCUACCCAGUUUGUGUGUGAUGACGAUGAUGAUGUGUGUGUCUGUGUGAACUGACCUGUGGUCUGUGUUACAGCCAGUUUGAACCUUCUCCGCAGAGGGAAGGGGGGAUUCAGGAGGGAAUUAAAAAAACGCGGACUGACGGACUUGUAACAAUCCGUACGAGAGAAUCAGACUUUACGGACUUUACUGCAAACCUUCAGCCCAACUGUCUCGUCUCUUUAGAGCCUCUAACUCUUAAUGCAACGACCGACGACCCCCUCGAUGACGGCACAUGCGCGAGGAAACCACUACGAUGCAUUCUGGAUCUAUCCGGUUUUGAGGAGGCGUCUUCCGUGUUCGGUGACUUCCUUCACUUCGUGGAGGACGCUCCUUCAUUUCUACUUUUGUUCUCCUGUUCUAUUGGUUUGUUGGAAACUAAAAUUUGCAUGUCUCUGUUUUUUGCCACUUAGUGAAAAAAAAGAAGUUUAAAAAAAUGAAAUGAAACACUCUGAAACUCUAAAGGAGCUCUGAAGAUCUGCAUCGUUUUAACUGAACCUUGUUUUUGGUUAAAGGGGAACAUUUCCACAGAAAAACUCUAAGAGGGGUUUAAUUUUUUGCAUUUGUUUCUUUUCCUUCAUGCAAGAAAUCAACUCUUAAUAUCAUAUUUUUGGUUAUAUGUCGAAUAGUUUUCCCUAAAUAGAGGAAAGAAGUAUAUAUAAGUAUAUAUAUAUAUAAAUUUAUCAGCAGCAGAGGUUGCUGAUUUAGUGAAAUACCACGGGGUACUGGACUGUAUAAUCUGUCAGAAGCUAUAAUCAUAUUUCUUUGUGUUUCUGAUGGUGUAACUGAAACCCAUCUUUUUUUUCUGGUGGUGUGUGAGUGUGUGAAUGUGUGUGUGUGCAGAGGGGUGGGUGAUUGAUAACAGAUCUGUGGGUUUUAAUCCUCUUUGGCUUGUCUGAAAGAGAAGAGAAAAUCCCUCGCCACUUUCUUCAUCGAUGACACUUUGAGGUAGGACGAGGGCGGAGGAAAAUCACUAAGGUCCAGAUUAAUUUAGUAACACCUGAAACUUGUGUUCAGCUGAGCCCUGAGUUUGUCUGUUUCGUUGGGUUGUAUCCAUGCUGAGUAUCAUCAGCAGCUGAUAGCAAACACGAGAUGACAUUAAACAUUUAUCACGGUUUUCCAGGUAUUUUCUUAAUCUUCAAACACUCGUCUGUCCGUCUGGAUAAAAGUAUUCCACCUGCUGCAUGAGAAAGAUUUUUGUUUCCAUGUUGGAACAAAGAUGAUGGUCAGAAACAACCUGGUCUCACUCCCAACUCAUCAAAUACUGACACUUGGACAGUAGCCCUCGGCAUCAGACACAGACACAGACACACCAAGGCACCCUGAGGGGGUCAUACACAUGGCGUGUUAUUUGCACCCCCAAAUUAAUUGUUUUCAAUGUGGAUACAUGGAAGGUGCACUCAAAACGCCAGAGUGACACCGUCGUGGUGCACAAGCACUCCCGAGCGCCUACUUUUCAGGGUUCGACGGCUGUGCCCUGAGAUAAACCGAGUUCAGCUUUUGGAACGCAGCAGUCUGUGGUAAACACGAAAAAGUUGAUCAUUUUUGUGCAGAGCUGCCAGAGCUUUACAUCUGUCCCACAGACGAUCAGCCUAAACAGCGCCUGGAAGAAGAUCAGCUCUGCACUCCUGCAGCCUGCCACCGUGCUCUCGAAAGCUGACACGAAAGAGGCAUAAAAGUAGCGCCCAGCACCCAACCUCGCAUUUUCCAGGAGGUUAAAGAUGCAGCAUGUAUACGGGUCAUUUUUUGACACUCCAAGCAACAGCCAAAUUAUAAUGAGCAAUGGUGGGCGGUCAAACAAACUCUGGACUUUCUCUCAGAGAUUGCUGUUUGUGUCCCAUGUGAAACCAAACGUAAUUUUAAUGACAAUGUAGUGUGCUAGUACGUGUAGCAUACUACGCUAGCGACGUAUGUGACCUGACAUUACAUUAGGUUAGUUAGAGUUUUAACCGACAUUCUAAGUUUAUUUUGAAAAGAGACUAUGCAUUUAACAAAUGGAAAAUAUACAUUUCCGGUGAAACUGAAGUUUAUUUUGAAAAGACACAGUGCAUGCAAUAAGCAUAAAUUCACAAGCCGUCCCUGUGCAUCCAAAACUCAGAGUGUCAUAGUUUAACAUGACGGGCCAUUAACUAAGCGUCGGUAUUUGACGAGUUGGGAUUCAGAAUGUGUUGCCAGAAAUGAUUUAAAAAUCAAUUUAUUUUACACGUCCGUAAUUUCAGUGUCUGAAUAAUUUCCAUUAAAUUUCCUGGAAAGAACUUUAUUUAUUACAGUCGUGGAAAAUAUUUACUCAAGUACACUUUUUAAGUACUUUACUUCAGCACUACUUUACACUGCACUACAUUUCACAGGGAAAUACUGAACCUUUUACUACAUUACAUUUAUUCUAACUACUUUUAAUUACAUAUUUUUUUACACUAUAUUGUUGCCACUUUCACUUGAGUAAAGGAUCAGAAUAUUUAUUUCCACUUCUGUUCAUUUGGUCCUAAUUACAGACAAAGUAGAAUUAAUAUCAGUUAAUUGGCAACACCACCCAGAGUCUUUUAAUCAGGACACAGCGGGUCAGCUGAACGUGUCCACAGGCAGGUAAACAACUUAACAUCCACAGAGAAUAAAGUUUUCAAUCAGAAAUGAGUUAUGAAUAAUAAUUAUUUGAUUUUAAUUACAGCUCCUCUUAAAAAGGAGUAACUUUUUUCCUUUAAUUAGGACUAAAUAACGCAGUUCUCACCAGGAAAUGUACGAAGAAAUUAUUUUUGAAAUUAUGUAAAAACUUCUAUAAUCAGUUGUCAUGUCUGUAUUAAUGUUGCCUGGAAUUGUUUUGUCAAUUUAUACACAAUAAUGUGUUUAUAUAAGGAGGUACUGUGUCAUUCCUGGUAACAAGACGAAACUUUUUUUCUUAAAUCUCGUGCACCUGAGGGAAUAUUAUUAGAUCCAGAUGUACAUACAAGUCUUUUAGGAGUUCGAAAGUAACUUUUAAACGAGUGCUGAAGACAACUUGAGAUUAAAUCUUCAAGGAUUCUGUUUAUUUUUUUGUAAAUUACAGAUCAAAAGAGGUUAAGACUCUUUCCAACCUGCAUUCUGACUCUAUUGUGAUGUUUGAGUCGACAUGGUGUUAAAAGUUUGGCCGCCAAAUUAAAAGCCCUUUUUAAAGCUUAUUCAUUCACAGUUGAGCGCACUGUUAUUAACUUCCUCUCUGCUCCUUCUGCAGCAGUCAAGUGCAGUUCAUUCCUUAAACUUAAUAUCGAUCUUAUGGUUCCUUCAUGUGAUGCUUUAUACCCAGAAUGCAUUGCACUGCUAGUUGCUAUUUGUGUGACGUAUGGUGCUCCUCAGUAGAAAAUGUGGACUGAACCAGAUUCGUCUUUACAAAUGUGAUCAGCAAAAAGUGUCUCGAUGAAUGUCAGCGGCGGGGUAUGAAUCCAAAUAUUUGAAAAUGUCAAGCGGGGGUGUGUUCCAUUUUAGAUAUGUGUCUCCUGUGUCUUCAAAUUAGUCAGCUGUUUCCUGUAUGGAGUCUUCAGGCAAUUAAUUUGAGGUUUAAUCUGUUCUUUUUUGUCAAAUUCUGCCAGUAUUGUUGAUUUUAUUUCUAUUUUAAGAAAACAAUCUAUCAACAAUCUACGUCUCAUCUUCACACGAGUGCUGAUAGAACCAUCAUAAACGCAGCAGGAAAUAGAUAUAUUAUGAUCAUUUUUAUUAAUUUAUUAAGCAACAGUGCUGGUUCCAGCUCACCUAUGUUUGGUUGUUCAGCUUGUUGUUUAUUUUUAUACUUUUAAAUGUAAUUUUGGGGGGUUUUCAGAUUGUUCGCCAAACAAAACAAUAUUUGAAGAAUUUUUAAUUUGCAAAAACAUGGUUUUGUAGGCCUCCUUUCUACAACUUCCACCUGAAAUUUUAGGAUAUUGGAAUGAUAACACGAGGGGACACAAAUUUUAAAGGGUAGAAAUGAACAAAGCCAACAUACAGUAGAAUAUAAUUUUUUAUUUUAAUUUGAGUAAAAGGUGGCACUGAAGAGAAAUGAAAUGGAGCCAAAGCUCGUCUGAACAUCGCCACAAAUCUGAUUUAGGGAACUUUAAAGGGCACUGUGAAGGGGACACGUGUCUGGAAUGGGACCCACCGCAGACAAAUGGGAACUAAUUAUCCUUUGAGGUGUGAAUGAGAGGGUACAGGGUGAGUUAAAGGGGAUAAAUAUUCAGAAUGGAACGUAGCCAAAAGCCCAUUUUAAGGUUUUAUGAUGUUGGACUGAAGAGGACGUUGAAGGGCACGUUGAAGGGAGUGAAAGGCGACAGUGGAACAGAGCCGAGAGCGUCCUGAUCUACAAGCUCAAGUCUUUUCUGGGGGGAGGGUUUGGUUGGGAUGGGAGGGUGAGGGGUGAGAGGGUGAGAAAGUGAGGGGGUGAGGGGGGGGUCAGCAGCUGCUAGAUAAUAAAAGAUUAAGCUGUUCGUCUGUAGUUUUUCAUCAACCAAUCAACUUGUUAUUUUCUAUCAUUUUGUUGAUAAGAUCUGCUCAUCCAGUCACACCGGUGUACAAACCAACUGACUUUUAACGUCAUCCGCUGUAUUAUAGUAAAUAAAAAUGAUUUUCAGAAAUGAAAAACUCUAAAACAAGUUUUUUUCUGUUUUCUCUCCAUGUUUCCAAAUAAAGUUUCUUUUUUUCCAAAA